AGCUAAAUAUUUGGGUAGUAGACUCGCAUUUUGGUUGAAAGCAGGCUAUUAGUGCGCGGGCUGUUGUAUGGAGUGAGAAUAUUGGUGCUUUGUUUGACAGUACCGUAAAUUUGUCUAAAGGGAACCAAAAUGGAAAAUAUGGAAGUAACCUCUGAGGCUGUACCUAUAAUAAAGGAGAUGGUAAAUGACAAAGUUGGAAAGGAAAUCAGUGUUGAUGAAAUGACAUCAAGAGAUUAUUAUUUUGAUUCUUAUGCCCAUUUUGGAAUACACGAAGAAAUGUUGAAAGAUGAAGUUCGAACACUCACGUACAGGAAUUCUAUGUACCACAAUAAACAUUUGUUCAAGGGAAAAGUUGUUCUGGACAUUGGCUGUGGAACAGGCAUUCUGUCUAUGUUUGCUGCUAAAGCAGGAGCAGCCCGUGUCAUUGGUAUAGAAUGUUCCAAUAUUGUGGAGUAUGCCAAACAGAUAGUAGAAGCUAACCAACUGAGUGACGUCGUGACUAUUGUGAAAGGAAAAGUUGAGGAGGUGGAGUUACCUCAUGGUCUGGAUAGUGUUGACAUAAUUAUCUCAGAGUGGAUGGGUUAUUGCCUGUUCUAUGAGUCAAUGUUAGACACUGUCUUAUUUGCCAGAGACAAGUGGCUUCGCCCUGAUGGUUUGCUGUUUCCCGAUAGAGCUACUCUUUUUGUGACUGGAAUUGAAGAUCGCCAAUAUAAGGAUGAGAAAAUCAACUGGUGGGAUGAUGUAUAUGGCUUUGAUAUGAGUUCUAUAAGACGGGUGGCAAUCAGUGAACCCCUGGUUGAUGUGGUGGAUCCAAAGCAGGUGGUGACAAAUGCAUGUUUGCUGAAAGAAGUUGAUCUGUACACUGUAACAAAAGAAGAUCUAAAUUUCACAGCACCAUUCCAUCUUCAAGUACGUCGUAAUGACUACAUUCAGGCACUUGUCACCUUCUUCAACAUUGAAUUUACAAAAUGUCACAAAAGAAUUGGUUUCAGCACAGCACCUGAAGCCCCGUACACUCACUGGAAACAGACUGUGUUUUACUUUGAUGAUUAUCUAACAGUGAAGAAAAAUGAGGAGAUCUAUGGGGUUUUUUCAAUGAAACCCAAUGCUCGUAAUAAUAGAGAUCUGGACUUCACUAUUGAAUUAGAUUUCAAGGGUGAGCUUGGUGAAGUACAUGAAACGAACGUUUAUCGCAUGCGCUAGACGUAAGUGUGUGCAGUAGGGAAUUGAUUUUUAAAACCCUUUUUAAGCACAUGUGAAAUGAAAAAUUUAGGAUUUUGUAUUGGUUGAAAAAAACCUUGCAUAUUUUCCUGUUCAGUACACAGUAUCAGUCGAGAGAGCCUGUAGAAGUGCGAGAUUCAGGAAGAAUGCUAGCAAACAUGGAACAUGUCUUUUACCUCUGUAAGACACAUUAAAUUAAUCUGUUUCCUAAUAGUAAUUCAAAGCUUUGCAGAAUUAUUGUAUACUUAUUACAGAUCUAAAGGUAUAGAUGGCAGUUAUUGAUUAAUGUAUACAUUUUCCAGUGUUUGAUGAAAAUAUCACAUAUGUAAUUAUUGACUGGUUUCACGGUUAUCUGCUUUUGAGAAAAUUUUCAGUGUUUCAUUAUGUACUUCAGACCAUGAGCUCUUACCCACCCAUCUAUUGUACUGUAACAUGAAUUAUGAAGAUAUUUUUUUCAGGAAAAUUAUGAGUAUAAUUUUUUCAUUUACCUUAUAUUAUAAUCUGUAUUAAAUAAUGACUAAGUCAUUUUUCAUGUACUGUACUUUAACCAUAUAAAAUGAUAUUGUUAAAAAAUAUGAACUGCCCUCUGUUUCCAAUUCCAGCUUAGUUCUUCCAGUGUUUGCAAGCACAGUAAGAAGAGAUGAAAAAUACAGAAAGUUAAAGAAUGAAAGAUUCAGUUUUGAAUGUAUUUCAUACCGUAUGUUGGGUGUUUCAGUGAAGAGGGAGAGAACUGUGUUUGUAUGGAAAACUUAACUGUUUUAAUAUGUAAAUCUACAGGAAUUAUAACAAUAUAUCAGUAGACCCAUUCCGCAGUUUAUUUAUUAUCAAACAUGUUUUUGUUCUGCUUUGGUUUCUUAAAAUCAUUGUAGAAUUUUUGACCUUACUAUUUUUGUUGAAUGUACCUGAACACACAUCUUGUCACUAUCUAAGAUGGAUUUAUAAUUUGGAGACUUCAUAUAUUCAUAAUUAAAACAAUGUAGAGAUGCUCUUGGAAAUAUAAACCCAGUACAUUAUAGAAGAGUAGAAAUGAAGGAAGAGAUGGUUCAUAUAGUCUUUCUGUUGGAAAUCACGACUGAUUUCUGUAUUGCUAACUAAAAUUGUAUUUAACAGUAUUCCACUACUGAUAUAUUCCUCACUUUGAUUACAUUCAUGUCAAUAGUUGCAACGGGUCGGAAUGUUUAGUUCACUAUUACCAAGAUGGAAUUGGUCUUAAUUUUUCAAGGAAAGCCUUACAAUUUAAAACUUAAAAAAAUAAUUUUGUACAUGAAUUCUAGAAGGAGAAAAGUUUUACACACUGGUGAAUUGCUUCCUUAUUGCCUGUAAAAGUGAGUUGAAUUGCUGUUGUAAUUUAAUGUCAUUCUGCCAGGAUUUGGUAAGAAAUUUUUCUGAAUUGUAAUUUCAUGGUUAAAUAAAGUGGAAAGUAAAUGCAAGUA